GCGUACUUUCAUACACCGUUUAGUUUACUGGGUCUGGUCGCUGAGGGAUGCUCUACUUACACAUUUCCAAAAAUUUUGGGAUCUUCAAAGGCUGGUGAAAUGUUAUAUUUGGGGUAUAAGCUAAAUGCAUUUGAAGCGAAGCAACGUGGAUUUGUGAGCGAAAUAUUUCAAGAUGAUGAAAUAAACAAGGUGUGGUCUCGUUUAAACGGUAUAUCUCGUUUAUCCAAGGAGUCUAUAACAGCAACUAAACGUUUAGUAAGGAAAUGGGAUCAAUCAGUUCUGUUAAACGUCAAUGAUAAUGAAGCUAAGGAAGUUUUACGAAGACUUGACUCUCCCGAUUUUAUUGAAGGAAUCACUGCUUUUGGAAGGAGGAACAGUAAAAUGUGAAUAAUGAUAAGUAUGGAUUUAUACUAAGUGCUUCAAAUUAUUGGUACCAAUAAUAUCGUCUAUACAAGGCAUUCUAUGAGUUAGCAGGUCCGUUUUACCAAUAUCAGAGCAAACAGAUUUACUUCAAGGCAUGAACGCAUGAACCAUGAUUUCGCAUCUUGUACUCUCGUUAUUGUGGACAAAAAUAAAUUUUAUGGGCACGGAAUUUUAAAAAUAAAAUGCUGGAUUUUUGCAUA